AAACCACAGUCAACGUAGAGCACUACAGGUCUGGCUUUAGUCAAAGAAACUUCAUUGUAAUAUUUUGUGGAUUUUACCAGCCUCUUUGAAAUGUUUGUUUGGGAUAGGAGCAUCAAAAUCAACUAGCUGUUGCCUGCAUCUAUUUACCUCAACCUGCUGACGUCCACAGUUCGUUGAAAGUGUCAGCAGAAUGAAUUCUGUGUAUUUCUGUGGAGCAAGAAAUGGCCAGGGGGGGUUUCCGUUGCAGCGCGUCGGUUCGUUGUUUCAGGAGUCUCCCCAGCAGAUGGCGCAGCGGUAUCAGGUUCACUCAGCGGCCAGUCCGGCGUCCGUACAAACCUUCACGGUGGCGGAGCGGCUAGCAGAACUUAUCCUUGAGGCACGCUACGGGAACCAGCAAAAGCAGCGACGCAGUCGCACAGCUUUCAGCGUGUCCCAGUUACAAGCCCUUGAAAAGGCUUUUCAGCAAACCCAAUAUCCAGAUGUGGGCAUGAGAGAGAGACUAGCGGUCUGCAUCAACCUCCCAGAGGCCCGAAUCCAGGUGUGGUUCAAAAACAGACGUGCCAAAUUUAGAAAAGGUCAACGCUUCGCACCUAUUCCAAAAGAAGAAAGCCAAGUGCAUCGCUCUGCAACUAAACAACGGAAAGAACUGGUGAAGGAUCAAGAGAAAACCUAUAAUUCUAAACCUCAGUCCUCUAUUAGGGAAAACAACCCCAUUUCUUUAUCAGCAGACUCUGUUCAGCUUCAUUCCCACCCCAGACUGCACUCCUCCGCUGUUCUUCCAUUCAUCACUGCUGAACAUUUCCAACAACCAAUGCCUCAUGCACUCGGCCUUCUGUCUGCAGGUCUGCCAUUCUCUCCUACAUAUGUACCUAUAAUACAUCAGCAGCACAACACAGGCAUCGGUCUUGUUCCAUUGGGGAAAUCCAGCAAUCUCAUGCUUCAGUCUGCCUGUCAAUCGAAAUCAAUGGUUCACCGACAUUUGGACAUAUAGUGGUAUCUCCAAAAAAUGCUCACUGGGAUGUGAAAAGCGGACAGGCUUUCAUGUUUUACAGCAGUUUUUAUGAGGCAUUUACACAACAAUAUUUUUCAAACUGCAAAUUUAUAGGGUGCACUUUAUUUUAUAGCAUGUGUACUUACAGUGUAUUACCUAUGAAAUGACUGGGUAAUGUUAAGGUUAGGUUCAGAGGUAGGUUUAGGAAUAGUACCCACUUUAUGUAAUGACUAUAAAAGCACAUAGAAUGCACAUGGAAAAAAGGUCUAAAAUAAAGUGCUAUCAACAAAUUUUAUUCGUUCAACAUUUGAAAACAGGUUUCAAAAUUUAAGUUUUUAAACAAUUCUGUUAUUGUUUUUAUAUAAACAACAAUAACACAUUUUUGUGCAAAUGGUGAGGUCGUGUAAGCAUAUUACAUGUUCAAUGCUUAGAGUUCUUGACAACCAAAACAGCAAUGGUGGACUAUGAUCAUGUGCACAAAUGCCUGGUCACCCUAGUGUUUUUAAAAAAAUGCCAUUGCCAACUAGGCCUAUCAUGAUAUGCAUUAACAAAAAACAUCAUUUUAAUAUGUUUGCUGAUCAGUGUGAAUGAAAAACUUUCUAAAAUGCAAAGAAAAUUCUUAUCUUCUUAUAGUACAUUUCUUCAUUUAAGCACACCUUUGGAAUAACAGAAAGGUUUGGAUUUGUAUCUUUUUUGUAUUUUUAUAAGUGUUUUUUAUUGUGUAUGAUUGACUUAUUUUGUCACCUUUCAUGCUCUGCUUUGCAUAGCUUAGAGCAUUGUUAAGAACGAUUGUGUUGCACACACGUUUGAGCACUUUGUAGAUUUUUAUGAAAAUUUGAAUACAAAUAAACAUGAAAAACUUCU